AUGGGUCGCACUAGAAGAUACGACGACCAGAAGGAGGAGGCCAAAAAGCGUCAUUUCCAGAGCCUCUGCGAUGCUUGCUGCAUCCGCAGCCUGGAACUUCGGAUUCGAGCUUCUCUCUGCUGCGCCGAUGAUUCUUUUCUCGAAGCAUUGGCGCCAAGGGCGCAAAUGCCCCAUGAAAUCGGGUCUUCGUCUGAUGCCCGGAUCUACAUAGAAGAGAUGAUCAAGUCCUUGGCCCAACAAUCCAGGAAGGAGACUACUUUCCAAACUCAGGAGUUCCAGGGGAAUCAAUGCACACAGAAGCUGCAGACCACAAAGAAAUCCAAUGAUCCCCAGCAGCCCCAGACUUCCGAGAGCACUGUUACUACAGCCCCAUCUCAAUCAUCCCAACAACCCCAGACGUUCGAAAGUACGGAAGUAACAGUCCCUGCUCUGGGUCACGCAGAAGAUCUUCUGAGGCCCCAGCGCUUUAUCUCGUUGGAGGCCGAUUUCCUGGACCAGCACAUCCCUGGCCCAUACGAGGAGGCGAUGUGGGCGGCAUGCCUUCAUCACCCUCACUGCGACGUGUAUGAAGAGUUCCACAUCGAGCCCCUCGACGUGUCCCGCGACGGGACGAGGCUCAGAGUGAAAUUUGUCCGGCCUUGCUGUCCCCCUGAUAAGAAGCCGCUCCCUGCCCAUCUGCGGGGACUACCCAGCACCUACUGUCAGCGCUGGGCCAGUGGAUUAAAAGCGUUGGACACCGAGGAUAUCUCAGACUUCGUCCUGGCUGACGCUGACCAAGCUAAUCUCCCUAUAAUCCCUUUGUUGGUACUGCAGCUGGCGGCCGAGCGGGCCGCAAUCCCUGUUCCUCUUGCUGCUGACUCCAAGGAAAAGGUUACUGUCUCGGAGAAGGAGAUACCUCAGGUCCCCAAGCAUCAAGUCCAACGACACAAGAAGUUCCCUGUACUUUGUAACCUAUUUUCCUUGGGUGUCUGUCUGCUGCCUUUGUUCUGGUGGCAGCGCUACAAGAAGAGUCGACAGCUCUGA